AUGGAGCAGAUUGGGCGCAUGUGGCUUGAUAGUGGAUCAAGUGGUGGAUCACCAUUCAGUGGUGUCACCUGGUGCUCAUCUCACUACAACUACACUCACUCAUUACCAUCCAUCAUACUCACACGCCUGAGUGAGGGUGGUAAGGCAGCCAUGUUGGUGGAGACAGGAAGGGUGUUCUCUCAGGACCAGCUGGCCCCGGACCAGCUCCUCCAGGGACUGUGGGGCGACACUAGAACCACCUGCCGGGGACUCAUCGUUGACCUCUCAGUAACCAGUGUCAACAAUACUCAAUAUAUUUUCAGGCUAGUAGAAGAGUCAGAGAUGUGGAAGCUGUCAAAGACGAUAGUGGUGGUUGUUGGAGGAAGGGCGGGGGUGAAGGAUGCGCUUCUCCACCACAGUUUGCGCAACACUCCCCACGCCUUGUACCUGGCUCUCCACGACAACACCCUACACGACCUCACCCACCACGACUCACUACAUCUUGGCUCACGCAUAGAGAAAGCCUUACCAAUGGAAGCUUCCGGGUGCGCUAGUGUGUGGGUGUACCGACGGUGUUUGUACUGCAACAAGGGAGACGCUGACGUUCAACUUGUUCUUCAGAAUACCGCCCUAUCAUUCUUCAAGCUUCAUGGCAAUCUCUUCCCUGACGAGUUCAAGAACUUCAUGAGUCAUAAGUACCUGGUGGUAGCCCUGCGCUACUUCCCUUACAUGGACUACCAGAGACACAACAACCAGCCAGGCACCACAGUCACGCCCACCGACUCCCUCGACUUCAGAAUACUGUCCACCCUUACCAGCCUUCUUAACUUCACGUACGAGAUGCAUGAACAGCGUGAGUUCCAAUGGGGCGUACCGACCAAUGGCAAGUUUAAUGGCAUGAUAGGCGAGCUACAGCGUGAAGAAUCUGACUUUUGCAUGAUCGCGGCGCCCACGCCAGAGCGCCUCCAGGCUAUCGACUAUACUAAGGGAUACACUCCUGAUGUUAUGAUCGUGUUAUCCCUCAGACCAACAUUGCUCCCAGAGAACCUUUCGUUGAUACGACCCUUUACAGGAGAACUGUGGCUGGUGGUGAUGGCGAGCGUGGUGGGUUGGGGCACAAGUCUGUGGCUUCUGCAGAAAGUGUGGCAGUGGGCAGCGGGUGGGCAGGUGGUCAAGUUCACUACUUCUCUCCUAUACAGCUGGGGCGCGCUGCUGAACAUCCCACCUUCAGAUCCCUCGGUCAACGUUUCGGGACAAAUAUUGGUGGGAUUCUGGCUUUUAUUCUGUUUGGUCAUCACUACUGGGUACAAUUCGUCCUUGAUCGCUCACCUGUCGGUCCAGGGAAAGUCAAAGACCAUCGAAGGGUUCAGAGACUUGGUAGAGCGAGACAACUGGAAGUGGGGGAGUGAGGGUUGGUUCAUGACAGGGGUCCCCUUGGAGUAUUUUUCUAAGCAUACUGAUCCAAUGGUCAAGAAGAUAUAUGAAGAUAUGGAGUUAUUGAAGAUUGACGAAGCCUUCCGGAAAGUGCUGAAGGGCGGAUACUCUUUUAUCAGCUUCAAAAACUACGCCAAAGUCAUCAUCGCUUCCUCUUAUACCGACACUUUCGGUAACACUCCUUUAUACAUCGGCAAGGAGGAAAUCCCUAUCUUCGUGGUCUCAGGAUGGGGCUUCAGGAAGGGUGCACCAUUUCAUUCAAGAUUUAGUCAAUUGAUUUUCCGGCUUGAAGAUACUGGUAUUAUAAGUUACUGGAAUAAGGAGGUGAUGGCUAGACGAGUGAGGGAGAACAGAGCGGCAGCUGCUGAGGACUCAUUCGCUGUCCUGAGGGAAACUAUACAGGAGGAGAGGAAGGAAGUGGUACUAGGGUUGGGUCACCUGCAGGGCGCCUUCUACCUGCUACUGCUGGGCUCCAGCACGGCCUUCUUCACCCUGCUGGGGGAACACCUCAACCACAGGCUCACUUCACCUAAGUAA